UAGAAAACAUAAUGGCAUGAGUGUUAUUCUUUGAUAAUCCGAAGUCAUUUUAUAUUCUCUGGCGCUGUACAGAUAACAAGAGCCUCAUCCAAUCCAACGUUUCAUCCGACAGCACAAUGGCGGUGAUACUACGUUGUUCAUGCUUCUUUACACGGCCUACCUCCCUCCCAUCUCCACCGUCUGAUCAUUUCUCCGACAAACCCCACGUCACCGGAAAGUUGGUUUCUCUUCUAUUCAAAGAGAAAAAGUUCGCGCCAUUUACAGGAAAUGCUUCCAGAGUUAUUCAUCAAAGAUUUGGUGAACUCUAUGAUUUGGAAGUAAGUCAGGGUUUCAGUCAAAUGCCACCACCUCAUGACAAUUUUUUGGACAAAUUACCGGCAGAUCAGCAAGGAAAGAUGCUAUCAAAAUCAACAGCAAUGACAUUGUUUCUGACCAAUGCCUUUCUGUUGACUACACCUUUCAAAGCUCUAGCAGAAACAUGCGAGGCUGAUAACUCUUUCUUUAACAUGCCUCUGCUACUAGUGGUGGCCCUCAUCGGGGCUACCGUUGGAGGAUUACUCGCACGGCAGAGGAGAGGCGAACUGCAGCGACUCAAUGAUCAAUUGCGGCAGAUCAAUACAGCUCUAAGAAGGCAAGCUAAGAUUGAAUCCUAUGCCCCCAACUUGAGUUAUGCUCCUGUUGGUGGUAGGAUAUCAGAAAGUGAAGUAAUUGUUGAUCCAAAAAAGGAAGAGUUGAUUUUUCGGUUGAAAACUGGAAAGAACUUUUUGAGAAAUCAGGAUCCAGAGAAAGCAUACGCAGAGUUUAAGAUGGCUCUUGAUAUUGCUCAGAAUCUGAAGGAUCCUAUCGAGGAAAAGAAGGCUGCUAGAGGUUUAGGAGCCUCAUUGCAAAGGCAGGGCAAAUACCGGGAAGCCAUUCAGUACCACUCUAUGGUUCUUGAAAUCUCUCGUCGAGAAGGGGAACAAUCUGGGAACACUGAAGCUUAUGGGGCUAUUGCGGACUGUUAUACCGAACUCGGAGAUCUUGAACGAGCAGGCAGAUUCUAUGAUCAGUAUAUUGCAAGAUUGGAAACAGAUUGAACUAUUCUGAUAACCUGAUACGUGAGGCAAAAGUUGUAGCAGAGGCUUUAGAAAGAUCCCAGAUCAUUUUUAUUUUUUUUUAAUCUAGGUUCGAAUCACUACCCUAUGUGGAAUAUCCAUUUGAAUUUUUACUAUUUUAGCAUAUAAUCAUCA